UACAACAGCUCCUCCUCAUCUCAGUGCAUCGAUCGUUCAUAGCUACCUAGGCGAGGGACCGAGAGACAUGGCCAAGCUCCAAGUCACUCCUGCUUCUGCGUUCACUGAGUACGAAGAGAUAAACUUCCAAGGCCUGUUCAUGUACCACACGCCCUUGGGCUCAAAGGCCAACCAGGUUUCCAUCCUAGACAACAAGGCGCCGAUCGGUAUUGGUGCCACCGCAGUUAACAACUGGGAAGUAUAUGACGGACCAGGGCAAAACGCAAAGCUUGUUGCCCGUGCACAAGGCUUGCAUAUCCAAGCCGGGAACUGGGUCAAUUCCUUGAGCCUUGUGUUCGUGGAUGAAAGGUUCAGUGGGUCCACACUUGAAGUGAUGGGGAUAGUAGUUGGAACUGGGGAGUGGGCUGUUGUUGGGGGCACCGGUCAGUUUGCUAUGGCAAAUGGUGUCAUCUCCAAGAAGUUCCAUGAACAGAGAAGCGACGGGAAUAUCAUAGAGCUUACGAUCCAUGCCUUCUGCCCACGGCUCAAAGGAACAAGGGUCCCUGCACCUACAAAGAAAGGACCAUGGGGUGGAAAUGGGGGCUCUCUUCGUGAAAUGGUAGGCAAAUCCCAACGUCUGGAAAGUGUGACAAUCAACCAUGGUGGUGUAGUUCAUGCAAUUGGAUUUUCCUACAUUGACCAAGACGGGCGAAUCAACGACACAAGUAUUUGGGGUGAAAUUUUGACAGGCUCGCCCGAUAAGACAGAAACGAUAAAGUUUGGCCCAUCAGAGUUUGUGAAGCAGAUCACUGGGAUUGGGGUACGUGGAACCGCCCCAAUAGUGUAUUUGACAAACUUUCGGAUCGUCACCAACCAGAAAACGUAUGGUCCUUUUGGAGCCUGGGUCGGCAACGACACUUCAUUCUGCUAUAUCGUGCCGGAGGAUGAGACUGUGGUGGGCUUCUUUGCAUACGCUUCCGAUCGCGUCUAUAAGAUUGGUCUUUACACUAUCUAAAUCAUUUAGUAUUCGACCCCCGCUGCAGCCUUCAGCUACCUGCAUGUUCCGUUCAAUCGUCAGUGUUUGAUUUCCUCCCAUUUCCACUGUCCCAACAAUAAGAUGGCUAGCCAACAAGGGUGUCACCUUUUGUCUAUGCCUGUUAGUGAUCUUUUAUAAUCAAAUCGAUUGUGUAACAUCUUUCCUUUUUUUUUCA